GAGUCCUGUGUGGGAGUCACUUGGCAGGUCAUGUAAGUAAGACUAACUAAAGAGCUCUGUACGAAAACAAGUGUGUCCCCUUAAUCCAUUUCAAAUGAACAGACGGCAGUGGAAAACUCAAAUGAACAGUGAUAAAUAGAUAACUUUAUUCGCAUCGAUCUCGUGUUAAUAAACAUUAAGUUUUAUAAAAUAAAAUUUUUUAUUUUUUAAUAUAACGAUAACGAUUAGAUAAGAUCACUAAAUACCGCAAAGCAAACGUUUUAAAUCACUUUGAUGUAAAUUAUGUAAUACUAGAGUUUGAUAAAAAUGUAUAAUAUUAUUAUAGGAAACGAGGAUAACACAAUUUUCUUUAAAGGUUUGUUUGGGUACGACAAACUCACGAUGAUUCAAUUAUAAGUGACGCACACAGAUAUACCUACUAAAGUUGUCAACAGAUGACUGAAAUACAUAUUAUAUUAUUCCUUGUUUUACAAAAGUAUAUUGAUAACGAUGGACUUUCGGAACGAGAAAAAUCAUUUUUUCAACAUUAAAAUUGCCAAACUUACAGCACUCUAUCAGAUGUUGGACCCUGAAACCAUAAAAUUUCGGGGUCGAAACAUCUAUCACAUAGUCACGGCAUGCGUUUUGGUGUACAUGUGUCUCAUCUCUAUGAUUUUGUUGCUCAGUGGUGUGUACUAUUGGACAGGCAAUAUACCUAUAAGUAUGGAUUAUUUUUGGAAAUCUGUAAGCGCAUUUUACAUAAUCUACAAGACGUGGAUCAUCAUCCGCAACUCAAACGACAUAUGGAAUUGUUUAUCUAUCACGCGGUACGAUUUUACAUCGUUCAGCGACCGAAACAGACACAUAUUGGAUCGUUGGCGAGAUCGUUUGACGUGGUUCACGACCAUAUAUGCGACAAUGUACUUCACGGCUGCGGUCACUUACUUGGCCAUCACCUUGGCAUUUGGUGAAAAUAAAUCGUCAGUCAAAAGCCACGACGGUUCAAUAGGGUAUUACCGACAAAACGUAAUGAAUUUGUAUUUAAUCGUAUCUGACGAAACUUACAACGCACACUAUUAUAUCUUUUACUUCAUCGAGGCAUUAUUCGCCGCCUUUAUAGGAUUAUUCUUCUUCAUAUUCGAUUUUCUUCUGGUUACACUGUGCUUUAGUAUGUGCUGUCAGAUGCAAAUAAUUUGUUCUGCGUUCGAGUCGGUCGGACACAAAUCACUCCGUGACCAAUAUUCCCCGAUUGAUCUCACAGUUGAAAACAUAAAGAUAUCACCUAAGGAACACGAUUUAAUAUAUGAUGAAUUAAAGAAAAUUAUAAUGGAUCAUCAAUUAGUAAUGAAGUAA